AUGGCGCGAGACGAUGACGACCGUGGCCGGGGCAGAUCGCGAAGCCGCAGCCCUCCCAGAAAGCGCCGGGCCGAAGAGACCACCGAUGAUCUCCCGCAACCAUACAAUGCCAACAGUCUGCAUGCGCCAAAGCGACGAGCCUUGUCACCAUCCGAGCAGCCGCGAAAACAAAAGCGCCCCGGCGCUCGCGCUCGCAUCUCCGAGGCGGAGCGCGAAGUCAUCCGCCAAAGACAAAUUCAGCGCGAUAGGGAAGCUGCGGACGCUGCUGCGGCCGCUGCGGCCGAGCAACAUCAUCGCGGGCGCGGCAAUCACGAUGUUGUCCGCCAACAUUAUAACAGCGUCCCCGAGCGCGGCCGCCAGUGGCGCACGACUGACAGCAAAAUCAAGGGUCUCCGCGUCUUCAACAACUGGAUCAAGAGCUGUCUGAUCCAGCGCUACUCGCCCGACGAAGACCACGCGCCAGGGUCGCGCGAGAUGGGCCGCACCAGUGGCAAGGAGCUGCUCAUCCUGGACAUUGGCUGCGGCAAGGGCGGCGAUCUUAACAAGUGGCAGCAGGCCCCGCAGUCUGUGCAGCUCUACGUCGGCCUCGAUCCCGCCGACAUCAGCAUUGAGCAAGCUCGCGGCCGCUACAGAAACAUGGGUAACCCCAGGGGCGGCGGCCGUGGCGGUGGUCGUGGAGGGCACCAUCGUGGCCCGCCCGCGCGCAUGUUUGACGCGCGCUUCCACGUCAAGGACUGCUACGGCGAAAGCAUCGAGGACCUCGAAAUCAUCCAGCAGGUCGGCUUCGACCCCUCGCCCAUGAAUCGCCGCGGCUUCGACGUGGUCAGCAUGAUGUUCUCCAUGCACUACGCGUUCGAGUCGGAGAAGAAUGCGCGCAACAUGCUGCGCAACGUCGCCGGCGCUCUGAAAAAGGGCGGUCGCUUCAUCGGCUGCAUCCCCAACUCGGACGUCCUGGGCGAGCACGUCCGCAAGUUCAACACCAAGGCCGCCGAGCGCCGGGAGGCCAAGAAGAAGCAGGAGGACGGUGGCGGGGGCGAGGGCAAGGCCGAGGCCGACAAGGGGGCCGACACGGCCGAGGACGGCGAGGCGCCAGAGGCGGAGGACGGCGAGCUGGAAGAGGGCGAGGCCGAGCCGUCGGCCGAAUGGGGCAACUCCAUAUACCGCGUGCGCUUCCCCGGCGCGACCCCCGAGGACGGCGUCUUCCGCCCGGCCUUUGGCUGGAAGUACAACUUCUUCCUCGACGAGGCCGUCGAGGAGGUGCCCGAGUACGUCGUGCCCUGGGAGGCCUUUCGCGCCCUGGCCGAGGACUACAACCUCGAGCUGCAGUACCACCGCACCUUUCCCGAGAUCUGGGAGGCGGAAAAGGACGACGCGGAGCUGGGCCCCCUGAGCGAGCGCAUGCGCGUCCGCGAGCCCAACGGCGGGCCCCUGCUGGUCAGCGACGACGAGAUGGAGGCGGCGAGCUUUUACAUUGGCUUCUGCUUUUACAAGGUGUAA